AAGUCGAUAAAUUCGUUUCGACUUACUUACGUCCGUCAUGUCGCAGUGUGUGUUAAUUCUUUAAUAUUUUUAACAAUUAUUAUCAAAAAUAUUUAUUUCGAAGCAUUUGCAAAUAUUACAGUGUGAACUUUGUGCAAUUUAAUAAAUAUUUGAAAAUAAAUAGAAGCAUAAUCACGUGAUAAUGUGUUAGUGAAAAAGAAAAGAAAUUGAAGAGUUCUGGUGGAGAGUGAAAGAGAAGAAAACAAAAUGAAAAUUGGGGAAACUAUAAGAUUAGGAUUUAAUAUGGCCAGAAGAGCAACAAACCUACAAACUGUGAAUUGAAAAUCGAAGUUAACAACGAAAAUAUUAGCAGUGUGUGAGAUUAAAAAAGAAAGAAUUCUGAAAAGUUCAUAAUAAAACACGUUAAGUGUUUGCGGUGGUCGUGUUAUCAAUGACGUCGUAAGAGCACAGUCCCCCAGCCCCCGAAUGGUUUAAUAAAACAACAAAAAUAAUUAGGGUAAUAAACAACGGACUCUAUAGUGUACCUGCCUAAAUGUGGAGAUUUUUGGUAUAGCCGCAGCAAAAGCAAAGGAUGUCAAAUAAGAUCGGCUGUUGGAGCAAAGCAUUUAAUUUUUUGUUUUCCUAGUGGUUUUGCUCGUGCCAGUAAAAUUAUCGCUUGCAUUUAAAUGAUUUUGGUAAAAGAGUGCCCAUACCGCUGUACAUAUUUCGCAGCAUUUAUGUAUUCAUCGAUAUCCUCUCCCGAACAUAGGCCACUUAAUUUGUUACCCUGAAAAGAAAUUAAUUUCGAAUGCAAAUGAAGAGCAAGUGUACUCGACGAAAGAACAAAAACAAACAAGAAAAUGAAAGUUAUGCCCGUUUUGAAAUAUAGACAAUUUACGAAUAAUCUCCAUACACUCUAUUGGAGGCAUAUGUCGUUUGGCCAUACUAUGUCCGUCAGCACAACGAUAUUUUUGUAUUUUCUAAUAAUUCAUGUUGCACAAGUCACUCCCGUUGCUAUAAAAUCUCCGCCAUUGAACUACAACGGCACCUCAUCUAUAGGAUACAACAAUCUAAACAGACCUAUGGAGUAUGCACAUGCCUACAACGGGAGUAGUAGUAGUAGUAAUAAUGGAGGAAAUUUAAGAAGAUAUGUUUCUGGAACCGGUAGACCUUUUGCAGCGAUUCGCAAUGAGUCAAUGCCGCAGUUAUUGGUGUCUCCCACAUUGGCAACACCAAAACAGAUAAGGAAUAAAUCACGUCCAUUGAAAUGUCAUUGCGACAUUUGCAAAGACAGCAACUAUAUAUGUGAGACAUAUGGUUUUUGCUUCACAUCAGUGGAGAAGAAAGAUGGAAACACAAUAUUCAGUUACAGAUGCCUUCAGAAGUCGCAAACCUAUCCCCCAAGUCGAUUUAUCUGGUGUAAUGAUGGCCGACAUGGUGGUGAUGAUGGGCCAAAAGCCAGGCACGUUGAUAGCUAUGGUCACGCAUGUUGCAAGAACUCUGACCUUUGCAAUUUGCGAUUAUCGCCCAUUUUGAAAGAUUACAAAAAAGAUUUUCCGCCGGAGGAGACCAUCAACUCUUGGGUGCUGGUCGCCAUCAUAUUCGGGGCGACACUAUUUGCCUGCCUGUUGGUAUUUGUAUCUUGGUGUUUUUAUCAAAAACGUAAACAGGGUACGAGUCGCGCGCGUCCCUUUGCCCCCGAGGACUCAGUGUAUGAUCCAAUCUUAAAUGGUAACACAUUGCAGGACAUUAUAGAAAUGACAACGUCCGGGUCUGGCUCAGCCGGUCUGCCACUGUUGGUGCAGCGCUCUAUUGCACGCCAAAUACAGUUGUGCCAUGUAAUCGGCAAAGGACGCUUCGGGGAAGUUUGGCGCGGUCGUUGGCGCGGCGAAAAUGUGGCUGUGAAGAUAUUUUCCAGUCGGGAGGAGUGCUCUUGGUUCCGUGAAGCGGAAAUAUAUCAGACUGUCAUGUUGCGCCACGAAAACAUAUUGGGUUUCAUAGCAGCCGACAACAAAGACAAUGGCACAUGGACCCAGCUGUGGCUAGUCACGGAUUACCACGAGAAUGGUUCACUCUUCGAUUAUUUAACGUCGCAUACGGUCGAUACCAAAACUAUGCUUAGCAUGGCACUGUCCAUUGCCACGGGAUUGGCCCACCUUCAUAUGGACAUUGUGGGUACACGUGGCAAACCAGCUAUUGCCCAUCGAGAUCUAAAAUCCAAAAAUAUUCUGGUUAAAUCGAAUCUAACCUGUGCCAUUGCCGAUUUGGGCCUGGCUGUGAGGCAUGUCGAGAAGAACGACUCCGUGGACAUACCUUCGACUCAUCGUGUCGGUACAAAGCGUUAUAUGGCACCAGAGGUAUUGGACGAGAGCAUGAAUGCUCAACACUUCGACUCGUACAAGAGAGCCGAUGUCUACGCCUUCGGGUUGAUCCUGUGGGAGAUUGCUCGUCGUUGUAACAUAGGCAUGAUUUACGAUGAAUAUCAGUUACCUUAUUACGAUGUAGUGCAGCCGGACCCCACCAUAGAGGAAAUGAAAAAGGUCGUUUGUAUAGACAAGAUGCGUCCCAAUAUUCCGAAUCGUUGGCAUGCCUCCGAUGUGUUACACAGCAUGGCCAAAGUUAUGAAGGAGUGUUGGUAUGCUAAUCCUGUGGCCCGUCUCACAGCUCUCCGAAUAAAAAAGACUUUGUCCAAUAUUAGGGUUGAAGAGAAGGUUAAAAACUGAUUAUACACAAAGGAAUACAAUACCAUUCCCAUUCCCAACCAAUUUGACUUUAUAUAAUGAAAUUUGUUUUCAAUUAGUCAGCAGCCCAAUCUUCAAGAUUUGUAAAAUCUUAUUGCCGCGCUUCACCCAGUGACGAAGAAUGUCGUUGUGCCCAAUACAACAGGAAUUGACAGACUUCUUAAAAUACUUUGAAUAAUUUCAACUGCACUAUGUAAAGACAACGACAACGUGCUCAUGACGUGCCCAGUUCGCGGUUGCUCCUGGAACUCCAGUGUUUGCCCAUCCGCCUGACUUUUCCGAUCAAAUUGACUGUAAACUUUUUUUUUGGACAUUUUAAAUGUUUCCAUUAUGGUUAAUAUAAUGUAGGCAUUUAAGGCAGCUACUUUUAAGGUAACAAGUCGUUCAGGAACGACUAUAAGUAAAUAAAUAUUAAGAAAGGAAAGAAUGUAAAAUAUUUCUGCUGAUAAAAAAGACAAAUUCGACGUUGCUAGUGUAAGUUAAAUGUACCUAAUAACUAUUUAUGUUUGUAUGUAUGUAUCUAUACUUAGUACAUUGCACAGAGGAGCUGAAAUUUCUUUAAAUUCUUUCCAUUUGCCCAUUUUUAGAGAUCAUUUCAAAUUAAGUGUACCCAUGAAACCAAAGAAUCAAAUUGGACAUCACACCACAUGUACCCUCUAGCCCCAAUUGUAGUGCAAUGCGCCAGGGCCAUAGUACCAACAAGAUCUUGUUCCUUUGUAUUAUAACACUUCAGAUGUUGUGUUUCGAUUUUUAUCCUGUAAAUAAAUCCUGGAAGAAAUUGUGUAUACCUUCGUUCAUUUCUAGAUUUAAGGUUUAAUGUAAUGUAUGAAACUGUUAUGCGACAACAACUGAAUUGUAAAUAUAUAUUUUAUAAAAUAGGCAUACUAUUUAUGCAUAAGUACUAAUUGUGAAAGUCUUUUAUAAGAGGAUAGAUAUUUUUGAAUAUUCACAGGUCCUUCAUUUGGCUUGCGGCCAUAUAUUGUUUCGUUUUGUUACAUUUUGUACAUUUCCCGUUGUUUUAAGCUUCGACGACAUACACAUUUUCCUAUUUUACACUCACUCAUACCCAUCUAGUUUAGUUUAUAUGUAUAUGCGUAGCCUACAGAUUCAUGUGUUGUUUUUUUGCAAAAUUAUUCAUGAAAAGCGGAUUUGUUUUGAUUUGAACAAAAAUAUAUACAAAGAUGUACUGACUUA